AGCGCGCGGCAUGGGCUGCGGACCUUCCCAGGCUGCCGAGGACCAGACACGCGUCCCCGCGCCCAAGAAGGGCUGGGAUGAGGGAUUUAAGGCUGAUGUCGGUGUGACUUAUUCCGUGGAGAACCUCGGGCCCCAGAUUGGAGCUGAAUUACCCAAGGACCCUUUGAGCAGCCCCGAGGGCCUGGAAAUACAGGCUCAGUUGGGAAGUUUACCUGGAACCACAACAGAAAGUCCCCCAUUUCUUAGUGAAAGAAACAGAAGAAUAAAUUCAGACCUAGUGACCGGUGGAUUGAUCCAUAACCCCCAAGCCCCCGAGACCCGAGAGCGACAAAAGUCAUCAGACAUUCUGGAGGAAUUAAUUGGUCAAGGAAUAAUACAAAGCCACAGCAAAGUACUUAGAAAUGGAGAAUCGUAUGAUGUCAUGGCAAACGUGACCGAGUGGCCUCUGAGAAAGCCUCCAGCCAGGCUGAAAAAACUUCAGCUCAAAAAGGAAGCAAAGGCUUUCACAACGAACGAUCUAGAAGAGAAGGUGCGAGCGGUGGAGAUGCACAAGAAGACUAAAGAAGAAGAAAUAAGAAAAAGGCUAAGGAGUGACCGACUUUUGUCCCCAGCCAAUCAUUCAGAUGCAGCUGAGCCGGAUGACCCGCAGGGAGGAAAGCCUUUGAAAGGGAAGAAGAGUCAUACGGCAUCGGCAUCGGCAUCGAGUGAUAGAAACUUCAGUAAUGAAGGAUUUGGGUUGGUGGAGUCAGAUGUGUCUUACAACCAAGCAGAUGAUGUAUUUGAAUAAGCCAUCUUAUGUGGAUUUCAUGAAAAGACAUCCAUUCUCCCUGAUUGUGACAAUUUUAGUCUGUCUCGUGUUUUUCUGGAGGCCUGAUCUCACCCCACUGGGAUUUGCCAUGGGUUUAGGAACGAUUGUAUAAUGUGCAUGGGCUGAACUUGGCUGAGUCAAUUCAAUAUCUAUGCUAGCUAGCAAAAGGGGGGGAAAAAAACCCCAGGAAGAUCUGACUGGCUUCCACAUUAUAAAGUUGGCAUUCUCUUCCAGUGGGGCUUCAGACGCUAUGAAGACAUCUUUAUGAGUACUUUCCAGCUUACGUUAAUGUGUUUGUGCCAGAUGAAACCCUUCUUUUUUGCUCCUGCCCGUUGGCUAUGUUCACCCUCUGAGGGUCCCUUCAGACAAAUUGCACAGAUUUGUAUUACGUGUUUGAAUGAUCUGUAUGCUUAUCUGUAUGUUUCGUUAUUCUCAUUCUGUGUUGUGAAAGAUGGAAAGCAAUAUCUUGAAGCUGUUUGAAUUACACUUUCAUCCAUACAGCUUAAGGAAGCAAUAUCCAAUUCGGAGAAUUAAGUAUAAAAAAGACAAACUUCACUAGGGUCUAGGGGUGGGGGAUGUCCCAGAGGGGGGUACACUGACAGGAGGCCCUGGGCCUAACUCCCACGUGGGAGUCUGACGGGUCUACAUUCUUUUUUUUAUUUAUUUAUUUGUUUAUUUAUUUUGAGAGAGAAAGCGUGUGUGCAA